UCCGAAGUAUAGGAAGGGUGUGUUUAAAUUAUUCAGCAGAUUUACAGCAAUGCAGCAGGAGCGAUUUUCAUCCAUACAUGACCAUUGUGUCAAAUGUUUUAGUUGGAAGUGUGACGUACGACCAGAUUACGUCACCUCCUGCGAGCUGAUCGAAUGCGUCCAAGGAUGCGAUAGAAUUUUUCAUGCUUGUAAACAGAAAUCACAUUCGUUUGUCUGUGAAGCUAUUAUUGUACCAUGCAUUAAUAAAGAAAAUGGUUGCCAUUCGGAAGUUAAAAAAUCAAAUAUGGCUGCCCACCUCUUAAUAUGUCCUGCUAAUGUAAUUGAUUGCAUGACUGCGAUACCUGAAACUUUCAUUAAGUGUCAUAAACCUGUUAAAAGAGGCGAAUUCUCGUGGCAUUCUCGCAACAUGCAUGCAGAGAUUUCCACCGGGAUAUUAAAAUUAAAGUGUCCGUUAGCCUAUGCUGGAUGUGAUUUCUCUUGUCAGAAACUAUCUCCAUUGGUUCUGACAGGUCACGUGACUCAAAGUGAUCUUUUGAAUACAAGUGGGUUGACUAUCGGAUCUGACUCAUGCUCAUUGCCAGAACAACCGGGUGAACAAAGUCGAACACUUGAUUAUCCAACGACUCCUUGUUAUCAAAACGAUGUCGAUUCUAUCGAUGGUUUAGGUUUUCCUGAAGAUCUCCCAGAUAAUGUGAUUGAACAAAUUUUGAUGUUUCUUGACAGUUUUUCUAUAAACAAUUUGGCUUUAACUUGUAAGUUCCUACGUUCGUUUUGUAAAUCAGUCGUUUAUAACAAGGGCAUAGUGGAACCGGUUUGGCAGAAGAUUUCUAAUGGUGGAAAACAUUGGGAUUUUUUUAAGUGGAAAUGGUCCUUCAGUUCUGCAUGCACUCCUAUUCGUAAGUGGAAGUACCAUCUCAGCACUCCAGUUUCAGAACAUCUCAAAGUUUGUCCAUUUUAUUCAGAAAGAAUUAUCAAGGAUGAAUUAAUCCCGUGUGAAAAUGAAUGUGGAUUUACCAUGUAUAAACAUCAAUUGGUGGAACAUAAAAAGAGAUGUCAGAUGGAAAUGGUCAACUGUUUAAAUAAAGAUGGUGGAUGCGUAGCUGUCGUCCUUCGAUCCAAAAUGGCGGCUCAUUUACGCAGGUGUCCAGCAAACAUUGUACAGUGCAACUCGCGUAAUGUGAGGCCCGAAAUGAAUGGAAUUUGCCAACAAGUUUUUCGUCGAGAGGAGCUAGCAGGACACCAACAGUUUUCACAUUUAGACAUAUGUGAACCAACCAAACAAUAUUGUCCUUUAGCUUACCAGGGAUGUAAAUUCACCAUUGACAAGAAAACACCACAAGUACCUAAUGGUGAAGUUAUUUUCUGUAAGGAUACAAACAGCUUCAACGUUUCUAGGAAAGAACGCGAACAAAUCAGUGACGACAAGGAUACGGAAAGAGGAGAAGCUUCAUUGUACCACGGCACAACUUCCGGAAACAUGGCGUCGAUGGUUGCUUCCAAUCAAUCGUCAGAUGCACACCAAGAGUCACUAUUAUCACUUCCAUUUACAUUACUAUACUUGAUUCUUUCUGAUCUAGAUAGUCUGAGUAUCUACAAUUUAUCAAUAACUUGUAGCUAUCUACGGGAGGUUUGUGAGGACAUGCUUCCAGUGAAAGGAGUGGUUGAAUCCGUCUGGCAGAAAUCGGAUGACGGAUGGGAGAUUUCAGAAAAGAAAUGGCGCUACACUACAGCAUGUACCCCUGUAAAUCAAUGGAAGCAGCAUCUUAGCAGUCCAAUCACAGAACACUUGAAAGAAUGUAGCUAUUACGGGCAUGAAAAUGUUAACCCAGAGAAGGUCAAGGUUAUGUUUGGUCUAAAGGAGUAG